AUGCAGUUCAAGAACAUGCUCCUCCUGGCUUCUGCCACCAGCAUCCUGGCCGCCCCCACCACCCUCGAUGCGCCAGUCGCCAACGUUGACUCGGUGGUUCCCGCCAUCGAGUUCGGCACCGCCGGCCACAUCGAGACCCCGACGGCAGCCGACGAGCCCGAACGCAGCCUCGUCGAGCGCCAGGCCAUCUCGGGCGCCAUCAUCGGGGCCCUGACGCCCGUCCUCCAGGACCUGGCCACCAAGGCCGUCGACGAGGCCAUCAAGCAGGCCGGCAACUUCAUCAAGGACCUGCGCAACUGGACGGCCGCCCGCGAGGCCUUCACGCAGGCCACGGUCCGCGAGAUGUGGAACAGCAACCCCGACCCGGCAAAGUACCCGGCCGUCGUCUGCUACAACAAGGGCUAUCACCUCGAGAGGCCCGAGGGCAUCGCCGGCUGGACCAAGGUCGAGCUCAAGACCGGCCUCCUCCACACCGACUACGACUGCAUGUACAUGGAGGCCAACAACAACUUCUACACCUGGUCCGACGGCGGCUACAUCAACUACGCCUUCGGCAUCGACAGGAACCGCUGCGAGUAUGAUCGCUCCACUGGCGACAUCCUCUGCAGGUAA